AUGGACCCUUUCCAUGCCAAACUCGUAGCCGCAGCAACGGGCUCAACGCUCACGGCGUUGACCAUGACGCCGUUUGACGUUGUGAAAACCCGGCUCCAGACCCAACCGCCCAAAAGGCAGCCAUUAUUCCCCAAACCCCCUCCAAAUACCUGCUGCCAACCAAGUAAUGCCGCUUCAUGUGUCCGGAAUAUGUCUUCUCUAGCUCGUCCUCUAGUCACGGGAGACAUUGUGUGCCUUUGGGAUCAGGGUGUUUUCAAAACACAGCGCGUGAAUGGUUUCUAUGACGCUGUCAGGCACGUAUGGAGAGCAGAAGGUCUCCCCGGUCUUUGGAAAGGAGCUGGGACGUCAUUGAUUAUUGGUGUUCCAUCAUCGACAGCAUAUAUUCUGACAUACGAUUACCUCCUCAACACCGCCCUCCCACCGCUUGUGCCGGCGCAAUCCCUUAUUCCUCUCGUAUCUGGUAUCCUUGCCCGUUCUUCGAUAGCGACUUUAACAUCGCCAUUGGAGCUCAUCCGGACUAACCUUCAAUCCACACCGCCCUCGUCAAACAACCCCCAUACCCUUCGUUCCGUUCUUUCUUCUGUCCGAGGCCUCGUGCGUUCACAAGGCCCACUUUCACUCUGGCGAGGGCUGGGUCCCACUUUGUGGCGUGAUGUGCCCUUCUCAGGCUUCUACUGGGCCAGCUACGAGGCGACGAAGAAAGCGUUUAGCAAUCGGGGUUACGAGGGGGCCUCUGUUGCAUUCCUCAGUGGUGCAAUUAGUGGCACUUCCGCUGCCCUUGUGACCUCGCCUUUCGACACACUGAAAACGAGACGGCAAGCCCUGAUAAUGACGUCCACAGCCAGCGACCUCACUCGCACAUUCCCCUUGCUGUUGCGGAUCAUUCAAUCGGAGGGUGCUUCUGCUCUCUUUGCUGGAAUUGGUCCCCGGAUGGCCAAAAUUGCUCCAGCUUGUGGCAUCAUGAUAACCUGUUACGAGGGUAUUGGCAAGUACUUGUCUCAGCCUUAA